UUUGUUUUCAUAGGUGGCAUACUUUUUAUGAUCUGACAGAGUACCACCUCGCGAAUUGAUUCAUUAUAACAAACAAAGCAUAGACAUGAUGUAAAUAAGAGAUUCAUUGUGUGACAGAAAUAUGACAAAAUGGGACACGCCCAUAACAACCCUCUUGAAGAAAAAAAAUGCAUUAACAAAAUAAGAAAAAGUUUCUUAUAUGAAAUAUGUAAACCAUAGGUUUGCAGGUAUCCAUGUCGUUUUCAAUUCAGGACAUGUGUUCAAUGUACUUAGACUUAGAAGUGUCUAAUGUUAUUGGCGUCAGCUCAGGCUCAUGGGCUGGUUGUCUCGUUAGCUUUUGAGCCGCACACACCAGCUGCCCUGUCUCCUCCUGCCAGCCCAUCCCACUUUCUGCUCAAGUUACCAGAGAUAACACAGCACAGAGGAAUCUGUCCUCCUACCCCUCUCUCACUUGGCCCUCGGCCCCUGUGAUAGAGCACUAAGUGGGGACUUUUAGUGAUGUCAGGGGGUGUGCAGUUUGGACAGUAACCCAAGCCAGUACAAACACAGCCCAAAUAUAUCUACAGCCACUCUGCAGUUGGGGAUUGAGUGGGCAUCUGGAUGAAGAUUGGCGCUAUAAAGACCAAAUAAUAACAGAAGGAAAGAAAGUUUGGAAUCUUUGUUUUAUAGACUUGAAAGGUGUCCAAAAAGCAGUCUGGGAUGAACUUCACUUUGGGCUUCAAACCAGCGAUGGGAGAUUCAGGUUCAGUGGAGAACUUGGAGAAGCAGCUCAUUUGCCCCAUCUGUCUGGAGAUAUUCACCAAGCCUGUGGUCAUCUUACCCUGCCAGCAUAAUCUCUGCAGGAAGUGUGCCAAUGAUGUUUACCAGGCCUCCAACCCUCUUUGGCAAAACCGGGGCACUGUGUCUACAGGGGGAUGUUUCCGCUGCCCAUCUUGUCGGCAUGAGGUGGUAUUGGACCGGCACGGUGUAUAUGGCCUUCAGAGGAACCUGCUAGUGGAGAAUAUCAUUGAUAUCUACAAAUCUGAGUCUACCAGACCACUCCUGCCUAAAACAGAACAACAGCAGCUGAUGUGUGACCAGCAUGAGGAGGAGAAGAUCAACAUCUACUGCCUCACCUGUGAGACACCAACAUGCUCUAUGUGCAAAGUCUUCGGGGCCCACAAGGACUGUGAUGUAGCCCCGCUGCCAGACAUCUACAAGAGACAGAAGACAGAGCUCAGUGAUGCCAUAGCCAUCUUGGUAGCCGGAAAUGACAGAACACAGGCCCUGAUCUCACAGAUGGAGGACAUUUGUAGGACUGUCAAGGAAAAUGGUCAUCGGCAGAUGCAGUACAUCUCUGAUAAGUUUGAUGAACUUUAUGCCAUCCUAGAAGAGCGUAAAAGGGAACUAAUAGAGACUGUCGGUCGUCAGCAGGAUCAAAAACUGGGCCAUGUCCGCUCCCUUAUCCGUCGCCACGGAGACCACUUGGAGAUGUCCGUCAAACUGGUGGAGACAGCCAUCCAGUCUAUGGAAGAACCUCAGAUGGCUGUGUUCCUGCAGAACGCAAAGGAAGUGUUCAACAAGAUCACAGACACUGCCAAGGCUUCCAGCAUUGAGCGGACGGAGGCAGGCUAUGAGAGCAUGGCCCACUUCAUCAUCAACACGGAGGAUAUGGCCGACAUGCUGAGAGGCAUCAACUUCCAAACAGGUGAAGAUGGAGAAGACAGCAGUGAUGAAGCCCCUGAAGACCUGACCCCCUCACGUGGUCAGACUGAUGAAUCAGGGAGACGCUUAUAACUUAUUUUUAAACCCAAGGUUAGUUUCAAAGAUGAAAUCAUGGGUCCUUAAAGGAAUAGUUCACCCAAAAAUGAAAAUUAAGCCAUUUACUCUCACCCCCAUGCCUUUCUAAAACUGUGACUUUUUUCUUCUGCUGAAUAUCGAAGAUAUUUUGAAGAACAUUGGGACCCAAACAACACUGAAGCCCAAUGACUCCCAUUUCUCAAAAUUUCUUUGUUUAAUUCCAUAGAAGAAAGCAAGUCAGAACAAGUCCUUUAAGGGAUUUAGCCUUUUCUUUGUAAUUCUUUCCGUGUUCUAACUUUUAUUUAUGUAUAUGCUGGUCUGAAAACUGUUGAACCCUGUAAAGACUAUUGUAUCAUAUUUGAAAUGCACAUUUCCAAGGCCUCUAAAUUAUUAACAUGAUCCAUACUUUGCUGAAAACCUUGUUGUACACAGUCUAUUACAUGCCUUCUGUCAUCUGAUUGAUUAAACAUUUUAUACACAUAAUUACAGAAUUAUACAGUAUAAAUAUAAUUCUGAAAAGUUCCACCUUCAGGAUGUGGUACACGUGUCUUUUUGCUGUAAAAUAUUGUUGUGAAAUCCACUGUUUUUUAUGAAGUAAUCAUAAGAAUAACUUUUUUUAACGCUUACUGGACUGAAACGAGUAGGUUUACUUGAUUAUCCACACUUUUUUUAUUCAUUUAGAAGAAUUGUUAAAAUCAUGGUUUAUCAAAUAUGAUACAUGAGGCUUUUGAGUAAGGUUUUUAUUUGUAAAUAUCUGUCAUCAUUGUAUUGCACUGCAUUAUAUAUUUUGCCCCCAAGAUAGAAAUUAAA